AUGAAACAGACUACCCGUUACUCAUACGAGUCGAUUCAGCCUGGCCAGUUCCGCAUGUGUCGCUUUGUCCAAGAUGGGGACUGCUUAUCCGCAGUUCUCGAGACGUUCUCAGUCGACGGACAAAAUCCCCAAUACAACGCUCUUUCCUACACUUGGGGUUUGGAUCAAAGAGGUCCAACCACGAGCUGGGCCAUCCAGAUUGGGGAACAGUACCUCUCAGCAUUGAGAUCGAGAGGCACUUUGCUAGAUGGUACUUGGUGGUGGAUUGAUUCGAUUUGCAUUGACCAAAAAAACGUUCACGAGAGAGAUGAGCACGUGCGACGUAUGAAAACGACCUAUCAGAAAGCCCAGAAAGUAAUUGUGUGGUUGGGCGAACAAUCGGACGACAGCGAAUGUGCUCUAGACUUUAUCUGCUUGCUCGAUGAGAUGAGUCGAGCGAGGCACAGUAAUGAAGAUGUGCGUAUGAGUCUACAAAAGGACCAGUAUCACGCACAGUGGAUCGCACUCCAAAGAUUCUUUCUCCGGAAGUGGUGGACUAGAAUCUGGACGAUACAAGAAUUUGUGAUACCGUCAGCUAUUACAUUCUGGUGUGGACCGCGACAUAUCAGCAUAGACGCUAUAUAUGCUGCUCUGACCGAGGCAGACAUAUGUAGCUCAAAUAGGUUCAAGGGUACAAUCGCCUUUCACCACGCAUGGAACAGAAUAAGAGCAUGGCUGUUGUACAAGUUUGUGCCUAGGCCGGGCCUUUCUCUCCUAGCUUUGGCAGCCUACUUUUGUAUCAAUGAGGCCACGGAUGAUCGAGAUCGGCUGUAUGGCCUCACCGGACUAUCCACCGAGGAUCAUGCUCUCGAUAUCGAUUACUCCUGUAGUGUUGACGAAGUCUACCUGCGCUUUGCACAAUCCUUCAUCACGCAACACAAGUCGUUGGAUAUAAUAAGCUUUGCUUCUUUAUUCAUCGCUACACCUGGUUCCUCGCUACCGUCCUGGGUCCCCGACUGGCGGACAAAAACUGAACCUUUCGUCGUUCCAUUGAUGACUAGUCAAAGUUCAAAUAACUUCGUGGGAAACCUUCGACCCCCGCAAGCCCUUGGGUAUAGCAACAAAUCAACUCAAUACUCCGCAUCUGGGUCCAGAGUCGCCGUGUACAACUUUGAGGGCGUGACACUCCUCGCUCAAGGAUGCAUCAUCGAUGUAAUCGAUGGAUUGGCAGGAUCUCGAACUCUCAAGUUCGUCCAAAGCUCGGGUCAACACGCGCAGUUCUCCGCUGCAUCCUGCUCACCCAAGAAUAAUCUUAUGAGUGUUUGUAGAAGCUUGGUCCUCGAUCGCAAGGAUCGAUAUCUGCGAUUUCCUAUGCCUAUGAAACAGUUCUAUCACGACUUCAUUCGCUUGUGUCUACUUCUCAUAUCAGGAUCAGAACACCCCGUUCACAAGGAGUUCGAGGAUUGGUUCCAAUUCACACGAUUGCUUCGUAUCCACGGAAACAGCUUUGAGGAAAUCUUACGCGACGUUCAAAAUGACGGUACUGAUGCAUUUGUUGACACAGCUCCGAACCAGGACGAAUACAUCCAAGACUCUUUCUAUGGUCGAUUCUUUGAUAUCGUUGAAAGAAUGUCGCUGCGUUUGAUGACAAGCUGCAACGGCCGUAUUGGAAUGGUUCCACAAAGAGCGAUAAAGGGAGAUUUGAUUUGCGUUCUCUUUGGGUGCAGUGUACCCAUCCUACUCCGGAGAACUGAGCAUAAAGAAGAAUUUAUUGUUAUAGGAGAAUGCUUCGUUGAAAAAUGUAUGGAAGGCGAAGCUCUGGACGAGUGCAAACCUUUGGAGAGAACAUUUCAUAUCAUAUGACAGAAAUUAUUUUAAUGCGAACCGUCGAAG